GUGCUCCACUGCGAGUACCCUCGCCCCGGCGGCCCUGACCUCGCACCCCGCGUCCGCGAGCGAGGCCGCGCGGCCCUGUGAACGGGCGAGCCCUCGCGGCCGAAAGCGACGCGCACAGCCGCCGCUCGCAGCCUCGCACGCACUGCGGAAACGCCCAGACCCAAAAGCCACCGAGCCGCCACCGCACCAUUCCUUCCGGCUGCCGUCGCUUUCGCCGCCCCAGCUCGUGCGCUCCCACCACUCCCCGCUCCCCACCCGGCUCGCGAAAGCGGCCGAACCCUCCACCGAUUCUUACCCCCCGUCGUCUCCCCCUCCGCUGCUUCGCCCGCCCGCCUCCAGCCGAGAGCUCCCGUCCCGAGGGUUUCAGUCCGCUUGGCCCCUAGCGCCUCGUCGUCUUCCCGGGCCGCCGCUUUUAGGUGCGACCUCCGCAUCUCGUCCAGACGGGGGGAUCGCUGGGUUUUCCUUCCCUCGGAGAUCGCAUCUCUGGCCCGCGGGAUCCGAUGAGAUGCUGGGGUGGCCUCGCGCUCCGAGCUCCUAGUCCUAGCAGGCAUGGCUGAAGCGGCGGCGUCCUCGUCCUCGUCCGGAUCCUCCGCCCCGCGCCGCCUCCAUGGCGCCGGCGUCGUCAGGGACGCGCUCCCGUACGGUGGCCUCGCCGCCUCGCCCCCGCCGCCGCCGCCGUUGCAGCAGCAGGCGCAGGGCGCGGGUGGGGGAGGCGGGGGCGGAGGGAAGAUUAGCCCCGCCGUGCUCUUCAUCAUCGUGAUUCUUGCCGUGGUGUUCUUCAUCUCCGGCCUGCUCCACCUCCUGGUGCGCGUCCUCAUGAAGAAGCAGCACCGCCGCGGCGGCGGCCGAGGGGGCCCCGCGUCGUCGGCGGCGGCGCGGGGGGAUGCCGGCGGGGCGGACGCGGCGCUGCAGCGGCAGCUGCAGCAGCUGUUCCACCUCCACGACUCCGGCCUGGACCAGGCCUUCAUCGACGCGCUGCCCGUCUUCGCCUACCGGGAGAUCGUCGUGGGCGGCGGCGGCGGCAAGGAGCCGUUCGACUGCGCGGUGUGCCUGUGCGAGUUCGACGCCGAGGACCGGCUCCGCCUGCUGCCGCUGUGCGGCCACGCCUUCCACCUCAACUGCAUCGACACGUGGCUGCUCUCCAACUCCACCUGCCCGCUCUGCCGCGGGGUGCUCUUCGCCCCGGGGUUCAUGGGCGACGACAACCCAAUGUUCGAUUUCGAGGAGAGGCUGGAGGAAGGGAGGCUGUCGGAGGAUUGCGACGACGGAUUUGGGUUGCCUGGGCAGAAGGCUUCAGGGUUGGCACAGACGCCGGCGGCUGAGAAGAGGGUGUUCCCCGUGAGGCUGGGGAAGUUCAAGAAUGUCGGAACCCAGGGUGCCGUGGAAGGUGGCAAUGCCAAUGCCAAUGCCAAUCCCAGUGUGUUGAGUAGGGAUCAAGGGGAGAGCAGCAGCAGCAGCCUGGAUGGAAGGAGAUGCUUCUCCAUGGGCACCUAUCAGUAUGUUCUUGGCACUUCUGAGCUCCGGGUAGCUCUCCAGCCUGGCCAGGUUAGGAACGGCACUGGUGGUGCAAUGAGGGGAAGACCUGCUGGUUUAAGUUCGAUCAAUGCUGAUAUUAUGGAGGGGAAGAGGAUCUGCGCGAGGAACAAAGGGGAAAGUUUCUCCGUGUCGAAGAUUUGGCAAUGGUCUAAUCUGAAGGGCAAGCUACCUGCUGGUUCGGAUGAAUGUUCGGAUGCCAGGAGCCUUCCAUGGAUGAAGAGAGGAGGUGCCGCGGAUACAUCAAACAUAUGACUCUGUACUAGUGUACUUUGAUAGUAGCUAAUGUUUCUUUUUAUUAGUGUUGCUCACUUGAUUCCUCACCUGUAGUCAUUUUGAUUGGAGUGUCAAUCUCGUCGGGGGCUUAACUUUUGGUAGUCAUGCCAGCAUAGUAUGUUGCACCAUGUAGAUUGUGAUGAUUUAGAAUGAUGUUAUUCUGGUCUUCCUUAUAUUUUGUGUUGGUCUGAUGCUACAAUUUAUGUCUCUGCAAUUUCUUUUGUGCUGAUCAGAGUAUA